AUGGAGGGCUCCGCCUACCCGGGGGAGGAGGAGGAGGAGGAGGAAGAAGAGGAGGUGGAGCCUCCUUACGGCCGCGGCGCCCACUCGUGCUCCUCCCUCAUCCGCCUCGAGCAGGAGGCCAAGCGCAGGAAACGGGCGCAGCAACAGCAGCGCCGGCUCUACACCAUCAUGCCAGGUGAGGGACGCCCGCCGCCCCCUUUCCCUCACCUUGCCCCCUGCCCGCCGUUGGGAAUAAAGGAUUUGAUUCGCAGGUGCACUGGAUUCAUCUUCCAGAAGGUUGGCAAACUAGCAGCGACCGCAGUGGGAGGAGGUUUCUUUCUGCUCCAGCUUGCAAACCACACGGGCUACAUCAAGAUCGACUGGAAGAUGGUGGAGAGAGACGUGAGCAAAGCCAAGAAGCACCUGAAGUUUUCUGGCAGCACCUCCAGCAAGCUGGUGCCAGAGGUGAAGAGCCAAUUCGACGAGGCGGUCAGUUUCCUGAAGAGGAACGUCCUGCUGUCCGGAGGCUUCGUGGGUGGCUUCUUGCUCGGCAUGGCUUCUUAAGGAAUCCCCACCCCAAUCUGCCUUUCCACCGGCUGGCCUGGCGGCCAUCUCCCGCUCCGUUCCUCAUACUGCCUGAUUUAGCCCGCUGAAGCAUUCGGCCUCCUGACUUGCCUUUCUUUCGAUACCUGCAAAGUAGCAUCCGGAAACACCACUGCUAGCCUUUCUUCCCUUCUCCCCCCGCCACCCCCAAAUUUGUUAAUUCGAUACAGGAGGGAAUUUGGAUCGAUCUUCAAGAUGCAUUUCAAUCCCUGCCUGAGAUGCCAGAAUCUGCAGAAAUUCCUCCUUCCCUCCCACACAUUUAUUUAUUUUUCCUUUACUGGCAUAACCUAGACAACUUACUGUGGAAGGACCCAUCGCACCUGCUUUUGUGUUCAUCCUCUCCUUAAGUGUCAAGAGUACCUCCUCCACCACCUAGGAGAAGCAAGCAGGUCAACAGGACGGGACGAGAGCAUGUCCUGUGAAAUAACUGCCAUCCAGAAAUGGCUGCUUCUCCCCGGCUUCCUAACAAAAGCCCGGGCCUGAGAGCAACAGCUUCUUGGACUCGCUCAUCCAAGGUUGUUUUUUUCUUUUUCUUUUUUCAUUUAUACUACAAGAUGACUGGAAAAAAUCUGUGGAAACUCUUGACUCUGCCGUGUUGGGAUUCUCUGUAGUCCUCUGUUGUCUGACCUGGAGGCCUGGAAAGAUUUGGUAGCGCUGCCUCUCAAGGAAAAUAAUCUUAAAACUGGGUUCUUUGAUAGUGGAAGGGGCUGCAGGAUUAGAGCCUGGCCUUUUUGCAGAUGUUCGAGAUAAACCCAAGUCUCGGCCGAGACCGCUAGUGAAUCCCGGGAGUGGAAUGAAUGUGGAUGGCCUCGACUCUCUGGUUCAGAACUCCUGGGCGGUGGGGUGAAGUGUGAAGGGGCAACUGGGUGGGUUUGCUUAUGCCCUGAGCACUGCAUAAGAGAACUAACUUUACCCCAGAGCAAAAGCAGCCAAAUUCUGGGCUCCAUUGCCUGAAGUUUGUUUUCCCUUUAUAGGAAUUGCGAUAUGGAGCAGGAAGAUAUGUGUGUGCUUCCUCCUGAGGUUCUUGCCACCUCAUCUGUGGGAUAGCAACAAUAGGUUGUAAAGCUGUCAUCCUUUUUCUUUUUUUUUUCUUCCCCUCCCAGUUCCUAUAAAUGCAUACAUUAUUGAAUAACAGCAGCUUUCUUGGCCUAGAACCUCUUUCAUUGGUUUUCAUAGGUAGAACUCUGUGCCAUUAAAAGCUUACACCGUCCUCCCAAGAGUGUUUUUUAGCAAUAGUGAUAGCAUGUAUACUUACAGGCCGCCCUGUAGUUGCUUACAGGAUUCUCUGGGUGGUUUACAAGGUAGAAAUAGCAUUUGCAUAUUGCGCCCCGCAACAGUCCGGGUCCUCAUUUUAGUGACCUCAGAAGGAUGGAAAGCUGAGUCAACCUAGAGCCCCAUAAGGAUCGAACUCUUGGCACUGGGCAGAGUCCGUUUGCCAUAUAGUACUGCAUUCUUACCCACUGCGCCAUCAGGGCUUAUAUGUGCCCUCAGGAUUCAUGGAAUGUUUCUAAGAACAUAUAGGACUACCUUGCAAAACUCCAUCCUCUGGUUUUCAUGAGACUAUCCGAGGAAAACAACCAGCUUGAUAUUCUAAUAAGUUGGACCCUCCAGAGUUAAAGGCCGACGGGCUGUCACAGCCAAUCACUGAUCUCCUCACCUGAAUGAAGGCAACUAGAACACUUCAUCCUUAGCGUAGGGUUUUGAUCAGACAAGGAGCCAUCCCCAUGGGUGGUGUGUUUCGACCAUAGAGAUGGGGUAAUGGGAAAUCUAGACAGUCACAUUUGAAGAACCUCGGGUUAGGGAAAGCGGAAGGUGUGUGUACGAGUGUCGCUGUGGCUGCUCAUCAGUCUUCACUUGGCACAGAUGGGAAACUAGGUUGGCCUAGACUUGUGAAAGAAAGGUGAGCUCUAGGAAAAUGUGUUUAUUAAUGGCUAACGCCGAGGAAACUUUUGUUGCAGCCGAUGGACUAGCAAAAAGUCACUGCAAGUUACCUGCUCAGCAUCAACUAACAAAUUAGGUUUCCUGUCUAUGGAGGUUCUCAGUGAUCCAGAUCAUUGGUUAUUCCAAAUGUGCUUCUUUUCAGGAGGCAAAACUGGACUUUCUGGUUUUUCUUUGAAGACGUUUCGCUUCUCAUCCAAGAAGCUUCUUCAGCUCUUUUUU